CCACCAUUUUUUUUUAUUCUCGCCACUCCCCUUCGACUAACAAAUAGUAUAUAGUAGUAUACCUACUACUAACUCGUAACUUUUUGUACCUCGCAAAUAGUAAUUGAUAAGGAAAUUCUCUGCUAAAGAUUAACACAGAAUCUCGUGGGUUUUUUAAUAAUUCGUUUGUUCGUUCACGUUCUCACAAGCAAAGUAAGUACAUUUAGCUUACAUAGUUUCUCACACUACUAUUUUUAUUUGAGAAAAUGGCCAGUAGACGCUAUUUUGCUACACCUUUACAUUUUUCAAUUUAUUUUGGUAUUAAAAACCUAACUCAAUAACAUUUAAUAUUAUUAUCAUUUUAGAAUGGCACACGAAGAAGGAGAUCCUGCUGAAAUCGCAAAGUUGACUGGCUUGAACAAAUACUUCAAUAGUAUAACUACCAAGGGACGAGUUAAUGUAAGUGCUUUUAAAAAUUAUUUCUAUUCAAUGUCAAUUCAAGGUCAAAGGUCAAUUGGACCUGUACAAUUCGGUAUUUCUAUUUUAAUUUGAUGAAUUAAGUGCACAUGUUUUUUUUUUUUUACAAUACUGACAUAAAGAAUUAGAAUGAAUGAAAGAAUUAGAAUUAAAAUAUAUUUUAUAUAAACCUAUAAUUUAUUUACUUUAAUUUUAGAUUGUUUAUUGAUUCUAAGUAAAAAAUAUAUAUAUUUUUACAUUUUUAUUUUUUGUAUUGUGUAUAAAAAACUCUUCAAUACCUAGGGAAUUAAAAAUAGGUGGUUAUUUAAAGAAGCAAUUUUCAUUUUUAAAAUACAUUCAAAGAAUUUAUAAACAAAUAAUAAAAAACUAAGGUAUUGUAGCAGUUUUUAUUAAUGGUUUAAUUUACUAAUUGCUAUUAUAUUGUUUUUAGGUUUUAAUCUGAAUAUACUUAACACAUACAAUUAUACAAUUAACUAUAAUAUAGUUUUAUUUAUGUAUAUAAAUAUAAAUAAAUAUACGACAAAGCAAUAAAUUUAGUUAUUUUAUAUUAAUAUAAAGUAAGAAUUUAAUUCUUAUUGAAUGGCAUAAUUUAAAUUUUUUUUAAAAUAUAAUGUUCAUACAAUUUAGUUCUAAUAAUUGUAUAACAUAUUUUUAAGUUAAAAAAAAAAAAAAAUUAGAAUUGAAGAAAAGUUGACUAAGUUACAGCAUAUAAACGUUUUUAUUUUUAUUAAGAAAUUCACAAUUCAAUCAGGAUCAAUUAAAGCAUGUGAUUCAUGUUUUGCUAACAUAACUUGUAUUCUUAUGAAAUCUAAAACUUUAAAUAACUGAACUUGAUCGAUUUUUAAUCAAAAAAUAAUGAAACAAAAACUUGAGCAUUUAUAACACUAAAUUGCAUAAAAUAAUUUUUUUCUACUUUUUGAAUCAACAAAUUUAAAAAACUAUUCAAUAAGAAUUAUCUUAGCAAUUACUUUAAAAACGCACAUUUAAAUAUAUGCAGAGAUACUCUGGGUGAUAAGCACUUUUGAGACAUGCUAUAAAUUUUAAAACUAGAAUUAUUUAUUUUUCUCAAUUCACUAAAUAAUGCAUUAGCCAACCAUAAAAAUAAUCAUAUAAUAUAGUCAUUAUUAAAUAUAGUAGUGUAUAUUAAUUUACUAAUAUAAUAUUUAAAUCGCAGUUCUCUACUUAAUGUUAUUUCAAAAAUGUACUCAAAUAUUAAAAUUUUCCUUUUUUUAAUGUGUAAUACAGUCAAUACAAACUAUUAGGACUUUACACGCUUCCACCAAGAUUCUCCAACCAACUCAUUGAUUAGCCUAUAUCUGAAAUCUUUCUUUACCCUUUCUAACCAUCGCUGAUGACAUCUUCCACUUGAUCGCUUAUUAUUGGACUCCUGGUCAAAACAUUCUGUAUAAGUUUUUCACUGGCACGCCAAACAUGAUCAAUCAUUUGCUUUCAGGAAAGACCUGAUAUCUUCUAUAUCAUUCUUUUUUCAUCUCUCAUUUUCCCCAUUUUGACUUUACAUAAAAUUUGUAAAUUUUGUGUAAACUUUCCUUUCAAAUGUGAGUAGUUUCUCUUUGUCCUCUGUGUUGUGGAACAUAUCUCACAUGCUUAAAUUACUAUCGGGCACAGAAUGGAAAUGUGUACAGUUUAUUAUUUGUUACUUUAAACAAUAAAUUGGACCUAAAAGUUUUCUGUAGUACAAAAUAGCAUCUGUUUCCAGUGUUUAUCCUUGACUUUCCUUAAAAACUUUUUAAUGUCUUUGAACUUCAUUGUUUAGUUUUUUUUGUUGUUGUUGUUUACAGUUAAAACUAUUAAUCAAUGAUAAUGAAUGUUUCUAUGACUACUGAAAAAAUUCAUAAGUUGGUUUUCUAAGUUUAUAAUUACAUGAAUCUGACUAUUACAAUAAAACAGCUAAUCUAAGAAAAAUCAUAAUAAUAACCUUUUUUAUUUAGUAUAAUUUGUACUCUAUAUAAUUUAUGGUAUAUCCAAAUAUUUUCUUGAAAAAUUUUGUUUUAUUAUUUUUUAUAGACAUUAUUCAGCUCUAUAUUUAAAAUCCUGUACAUUUUUAUGCUAAGUGUUAUAGUUUUUUUUUGCUUAAAUUUUAAAAACAACUAAACUACCCCUUCUGCCAUUUUCAAUCCUAAGUCUGCAGCAGAAGAGGUUAAGUAAUGUCUUUCAAAUUUUUUUCAUUGUUUUUAUCCAAACUUUGGUUCAGACCACCCUCACAAAUACUGACAAUAAUAUACAUUAUCUGAUAUUUAAAAUAACAUUUUUUAAAUAUUUAGUAUGCCUCUGCACUAUAGUUAAUUGAUUAUAAUUUUUGGUAGUUGAAACUUUUGUUUAAGUAUGUUUUUUUUUUUUUGAAGUUUUAGCAAAUAUAAACAUUUUAAUAGAUUCACAUUUUUAAAAAUGUAUGUUACAAAAUAAAUAUUUAGAAUAUUUUUAAAAAAAAUCUUAAUAUAAUAACUCUAGUGAAGAGGCACUUAUUAUUUAUUAUUUAAAAUAUAUAUACAGGUAAUUCACUAUAUGUGAUCAUUCUUUUUGGUUAAAUUUUUCAUAUUUUUCUAUUUAUCAAAUUCUGAGUUUUGGCAUUUUUAAGUGUAGUUCAGCAGUUUCUAAACUAUGCACUGCAGUGACUCAAAAAAAUGAUUUGUAAUUUCAUUUUUUAAUUUUUGUUAAUUUCAUAGUGAUCUUAUAAAGCAAAAUGUACUUAGUUGGUUGUUGUAUGUUUAGAAUGCUUAUAUUUUAUUAUAUUCAGUAAAAUUAUAAAAACUGAUCAUCAUUGACAAUUAGUAUUGAUUUUUUUCAUGUAUAUUACUUACAGAAUGUCACCUUGGGUGAAUUUAAUCCAAAAAAGGGCACCGCCGGGAAAAAAGUUUAGAAACCGCUGAUGUAAUUAAAGUCGAUAUUUUCAAAUACUUAGAUUUUUUACAGUAUUUAAAGAGUAUCUUAUGCUAACUUUAGUUUUUUAAAUGAGAACAUAUAUUAAAAAUUCCAUAAAUAAACGGAGUAUUACUUUAAAUACAUUUUGGUGUCAACAUUUUUGAUUUCCAUCAAUCUGUUGGCAAGAUAUUUCACUUUUAAGUUUUGGUAGGGGGAGAGUAGUGAAGCGCUAAUAAAGCAAUACUUUAGCUGCAACUUUUACUUUUUAUUUUCCUGUUAAUAUAAAAUUGUAAACUAAAUUAAAUAAAUCCUGUAUUAUAUUAUAAACUGCAGUAAGUAUUUAAAAUUUAAUAUAUUGUUAUAUUUUUGUUAUAGAUUGUAUGUGCCACUUAUGGAACAAUAGCUGUUGCAUAUGUAUUAUAUAAACUGCGCAGCCCAUCUGCUGCAGUUGAAAAACCAAGCACUUCAUCUUAAAUUUUUUUUUAUUAAUUUUAGAAAUGCAUCUUAGAUUUAGGUUGUAUGUUUUGAUUAUUAUUUAAGAUUUCAUUUUUGUAAAAAAACAAAGUUUAUCAAGGAAUUAUUUUAAAUGCAAUUACUUGUAUGUUUUUUAUAUAGCUUACAGUUUCAAAUUUUAUUAUCUUCAGUUUAAUUUGGAAAAUAAUGUUAUAUUUACAAAAAAAAAAAAUAUACAUGUAUGUACUUGGCAUAAUUAUUAAACUGUGAAACCAAUAAUAGACAUUUAAAAAAAAUACUAUUAACGUUCGUCCAUUUGUUUAUCUCUGGUUAUAACAUAGUCUUCAAAUUUAACCAUGUAAGUUGUACCUUUGUGCCAAUGUGCAGUAACUUUGGCAUUCUAUAAAACAAAUA